AUGGUCAACCCAGCCGCUGUAGAGCAGUUCCUGCUGCCUUUGGUUGCUGUGAUGAUGACCCUGGAAAUCCACUGGGCCAACGCAGCUCCAGUAACGCUCUGCUACCUCAGCAUUUACAAAAAUCCACAAGAUCACUAUGUCAACGCCUUCAAAGCUGUCAGGAACAAAUACGAGGAUCUGAGGCUCGACGAGGUGGAGCCAUGGAGCAAUUGCUCAGAAGUGGACCUCCGAGGACCCAAAAAGCAUCUGAGCAAACUGACGAAAUGGGAGAAGCUGGAAGCCGUGGAGAUGGAGGUGAACCUGGCCAUCUCUGUUCUGCAGAACCAGAAGCCCAACAUGUCCAAAGAUGUCCUCGAGGUGCUGGGGUUCUUGAUGCCCUUCAAGGACAACCUCAUGGCCUGUAUACAGCGCAAGCCUUCAGACCACAAGGAGUCUGGACACCUCCAGGAGUUUAAGGAACAGUUUCAGAAAUUUAACACCAGCAAUGCAGAGCAAUCUCCAAAGUGCCUAGAGGCAGCAGUAGGCCUGAACAUGGUCCGUCUGCUGCAGGAAGACAUCAGACAAAUCAGCCACCACAACUACCUUCAUCACCAUCACCACCACCACCACCGCCGCCGCCACCAUUCCAACUGA